AUGUUGAACACAAGGACUGGUAAAGCACGUAAAGCUCUACCGAAACGCCCAGUACCAGAAGGCCAAUCAUCAGAGUCAAGUGAAGAAAUUAAAUCCCCAAGAUCUUCAUCUUUUGACUCUUUAGUGAUCAGUCGACUGGAAGAAAAAGAAGAACUUCAGCAUUUAAAUGACCGUUUCGCAAAUUAUAUCGAACAUCUUCAUAAAAACAUCUUCAAUAAAGAGUUCAGUGGUCAUAUUGACCUUUUAACGAAUUCUUUAAAAAAUGAAAUGGAUGACUAUGUAAAAGUUUUUUCAAACGAAGUUGAAUUAUUGCGCCAAGAUUUAAAUAAAACUUCACUUGAAUUAACUAAUGCUAAAAUUCAGUUGAAAAAAUCCACAUCUGAUCUAGAUGAAACAAUUAAACAACUUGAGCGUUCAAAAGCCAAUGAGACUGAAAUGGGUAAUAAAAUUGCGUCAUUAAAUGUUCAACUAUCUCAGUUACAAAAUCAAUUGGACGUAUGUAACAAUUACAAAACAGAUUAUGAUUCAUUGAUGGAUCAACAUAAAAUGUUAAAAUCUCAGUUGGAAAAUGAAACUCUGUUGCAUACUGAUACCAAAAAUAAGCUACUUACAGCUUUAGAACAAUUAGAGUUUAAAAAUCAGCUAUUAGCGAAAGAACGUAAUAUCUGGAAUAGCGAAUCAAUUCAAUCGCAUUUAACGUCUAUAAUCAAAAGUGUCGAAGCAAAUUCUCAUGAUAAACUAUGUCAUUUAUUAUCUGAAAUACGUUCACAAAUGACAAUACAAUAUGACCAAGCAAAAAAUAAAAUAAAAGAGGGUUUGAAAGCAACUUUAGAUGCAGAAAAAUUACGAUCAAAUUCACUUGAACAAGAUCUUAGAAAUAAAAUAACUGAAUGUCAACGUUUAUCUCAGUUAGUAUCAUCACAGUCAAGUGACUUAUAUAAUUGUCGUCAUGAAUUAGAAGCUACUCGUAAACAGCUUAAAGAUUUUGAACAACAAUUAAAAUUUAAUGAAGAUAAAUUACAUGGAAUAAUUAGUCAACAUCGUUCAGAAGUAGAACGUUUAUUAGAACUAUUAACGGAUAAAUCAACUGAAUGUACUGAAUUAGCUGGAAUAAAAAUUCAAUUAGAUGCUGAACUUGCAAUGUAUAGAAAAUUGUUAGAAGGUGAAGAAUCUCGCCUUCAUCUAUCUCCUACAGAAAAGAUCCUAAAAGGUAAACCAAUUGUUCGAACAAAUAUAACUCCUACCAAACGUACAUAUAGUGACAUGUAUACAUCUUCAUUAAAAUCAAAACAACAAUCAACUGGAAGUUGUCUUCAUGAUGUUGAUUUAGAUCAUACAGAUACUAAUAAUAUUGUGCAAUCUUAUCCUUUGACAACUGAACGUAAAAUAUCAGAAAUUUCAGAUUUACACUCAAAAAUAACCAAUAUCGACUUCAAUUUACAUAGUUCUGGCUUAUCUACAUUUCCUUCAUCAUCAAGUUUAAUUGGAGAUUCUUUACGUAUAACAUGUCGUGCUGAUGGUCCAAUACAUUUCUCUAGCGCAGAUCCUGGAGAGGGUUUACUACGUAUUUACAAUGCUAGUGAAGAUGCUAUUGAUUUAAGUAAUUGGCAUCUAUACGCUGGACCAACUCAUGAAGGCUCAUCGGAUUACGUAAAACUGUAUACAUUUCAUAAAUCUCAAACCUUGCAACCACACACAGAAUUGCAAGUUUUUCUUUGCUUCGCAUCUGAACCUUCACAAGUCUCUUCUGCUAAACGUGUUCGUCCUGAUGUCAGUGCAAUUUUGCAUCUAAUCACUCCAGUAUCUGUUUGGAAUCCUUACAGUAGUUUAAUUGCACUUCAAGAUUCAACUGGUUCAGUUCGAGCCACUUGUGAAAUGGAAUCAUACUGUAGAAAAUCUGAUAAAAUAUCAACAUCAGAUGUUAUUGCCGUUGAUAUUGAGGAAGACGGUUCAAGUGAUAAAGUUUCCUCAGUUUGUUCAGAUAAUGAUUUCACCUCAAACAAUGAUCUACAACAACAAACUGUUGAAGAUAAUAAUUUAAAUAAAUCAGUGGUGAAGAUAACGCGCUUGUCAGAAGAGACAACUAGAACAUUUCAAAGUCAUGGUGAAUAUUUUGAUUUACCGAAACAUGUUAGUUCGGUACGAUUUCGUAGUGAUAUUUGGCCAAAUGAAUCCCAUUUAUUGAAGGAAGGAUCACGUAACUAUACGUGUACAUUAUUAUAA